CCAUUCUCUGUCAUUUAUAUGGCUCCCUCUACUCCAGACCAGUCUAAACCACAGCUGACUCUGGCACUGCCCUCUCUGCAGGAUGACUACUACAGCCACCCGUUGGACUGGAGUAACAGUGGAAUCGUGGCCAUAGCCCUGGGAUGUGACGUGUUCCUGUGGAAGGCGGACACACCCACUCUGCAGGGCUGCAUCCAUCCCAGAGCAGCACCUUCUCUCCCACUGAGCCUGUCUCACUCUGUGUCUUCUGUGUCCUGGAGCAGAGAUGGAUGUACACUGGGCAUCGGGACCAAGGAGGGCGACGUGCAGCUGUGGGAUGUGGAGAAGAGGACCAGACUGAGAACUAUAACGUCACACCUCUCUGGAGUGGGGGCGCUUAGCUGGAACCAACACGUACUCAGCAGUGGUUCUGUUCUCGGGCUAAUCCAUCACCAUGACUACCGACUUGACACCCCGACAGUGGGUGUGUUCAAACAACAAGGGGCCGUGUGCGGGCUGGAGUGGGCGCCGCAAGGAGAUUGGCUGGCCAGUGGCUCAAUAGACGGCCUCCUCAACAUCUGGACCAAUGACCUGGGGUCUAAGACGAAGACACACCCACCUGCUAGGACAAUGACACAACCCAGUGCGGUCAAGGCUAUGGCAUGGUGUCCUUGGCAGAAGGAGCUGAUAGCCACAGGAGGGGGGCAGAGCGACGGUGUUCUGAGGAUCUGGAAUAACCAAUCAGGUACCUGCGUUGACUCCGCCCAGACCAACUCACAGGUGUGUUCCCUGGUCUGGUCAGAGGAGAGGAAGGCUCUGUUCACUGGCCAUGGUCUUCCUCAUCACCACAUAACCUGCUGGAGCCCCUCCCCCUCACUGGAAGAGACCUACCAGCUACAUGGUCACAUGGGUCGUGUUUUGCACCUGGCCCUCAGUCCCAAUGGAACCAAGCUCCUCUCAGCAGGAGCAGACUGUCUGGGCCAUGUCUGGAACACCUAUGACACCUAAAACACCUAGGACACCUAAAACACCUAGGACACCUAAAACACCUAGGACACCUAAAACACCUAAAACAUCUAGGACACCUAAAACACCUAAAACAUCUAGGACACCUAAAACACCUAGGACACCUAAAACACCUAAAACAUCUAGGACACCUACAACACCUAGGACACCUAAAACACCUAGGACACCUAAAACAUCUAGGACACCUAAAACACCUAGG